AUGAAAAACGGGUAUCCGGCGAAAGGUUACUCUCCGAUGAGCUAUCCUCUGCCGCAAACAGGGGAAUAUCCAGAAGACUACCCAAUUUCAAACUACAAAAACAAAACUCACUCACGCAUUAGGUGUGUGUUUUUCAUCAUCACCACUGCAGUGGUCAUGAUAGCCAUGCUCUGCUUCCUUCUAGUUUUCAUCGUUCAUCCUCUACGGCCCAUCUUCCAUAUCGACACCCUCUCUGUAUCUAAUUUCACCAUCAUUCAUUCAAAGCUUAAUGCUGAUUGGAAUCUAAAGUUCAGAAUUUGGAACCCAAACAGCCAGAUGGAAAUAAGUUUUCACAAGAUCAACGCCUAUAUUUAUCACAAGUCGAAUAAAUUGUCGAACUCUUCAAUAGAGCCUGUCUUGUUGGUGAAGAGGAAUGAGACUAUCUUGGCUGAUAAGUUGGAGACACGUCAAGAAUUUGCGGACAAAGAAAUGGAAGAAGAGUGGAAGAGUACUGGAGUUUUGGAUCUGAGUGUGAGGACGAAGAUGACGCUUAGGCUCCAGUAUAAGAAUGGAUUAGGUGGGUAUACGAAUGAUCGGAAUAUGGUUGUUCUCUGCGAGAAUUUGAAAAUUUUCUUUGACGAUAAUAACAGGAAUGGGAGGUCUGUAGGGCCUUCGGAUUGUAUGUUUUCUGGUGUGUGA